AUGGAUGAGGUCAAUACAGUGUUGGAAAGGAUGAAGGCCAGAUGUGACAGUAGAGGGUAUAGAGGGUCGUGGCCACGGAAUAGGCCUGAAGAGGCAGCAUACGGCAUCAUGAUGGACACCAGAGAGCGCAUCAUGUCCCUCGAGGCUAAUGAUCCCUCGGCAGAAGGUGGUCAGUACCGUUCAACGUACCUCCAGGUCGCCAAGGCUCAUCAGGAGCUACUACAUACACUGCAAGGCUUCCAUACUCGCAGUAGACCGGCUGGUGUGCAGACUGGGACAGAGGCUACCACACCUCUACUCGAGAUCACCGAGGAGCUAGGGGACCUCCCGAAUGAUAUCGAGUUCAGCUUCAACGCUCCGCCCUCCUCGAGACGGGAGUAUCCUCCUCGAAAUCUAUGGUCGAGGCAGGAGUCCGGUGACCAGAGUCCAUGUUGUGGAGGAGCAUCAAGCUCAGCUGGUCUCAGUGUUAUUACAGCCACUACUGAGGACCAAUACGAGGGAGUGGCUGAAGCUUCGGUGGCCAAUGCUCUUGUUGCUGACCUCUUGGCCAACACUAUGUCUACUCUUACUCCAAUUGACGAGAAUAUCCAGGAUCGAUCUACCAGUGACGGAGUGGAGGCCCUCUCAGAAGAAGGAACCAUUCUCAAUGGUGAAGGAGCUUCUAAUAUAAAAACACGAGGAGUGCAAGGUAUAUCUGAGAGCCCCCAUGAAUACGAUAAUGAAGAUAGUACGCAGCCGCCUGAGGGAGGGGUGGCCGGUGGGACUCCCGUCUCGGAGGAGGGGUUGAGACUGAAGGAGCUCGGUCGAGGGCGGACCAGAGAGGACGUGGAAGGGGCCUCAGCAAGGGGUGGGGGAAUAACGACUGGAGAAGAGGAUGAUCAUCUGUUGAAUGGCUGUUUGAUGGCUGUGGGUGGAGGGGACGAGCCAAGAGAGGAUAAUCACUUCGAUGAGGGAGGGAUGAUGCGAGGCUUCGAUCACGAUAGGGAGAUUGCCUUGGCGGUGUUGGCUGAACAUUAUGACCGUAUCGAUAAGGCUCGACCAGUGGGCGAAGAUCAAAUCGGUGAUGGUGUAGCGAUGACAAUUGGGGAAUAUCAUCCAGACACGGUCUUGUUCGAGGCAGAGGAUCGAGUGAAUCCGUCCGUUAUGGGAAUCGACUCGGCCUCCCAACGGAUCAACAAGCACUGGAUCCUCCUCAAGGCCCAAUGGAUACCGAAAGCAUCCAAACCCAGCCUGUUACGGAGGCCCUAA